ACCCUGGGGCUUCCUCUUAGCCCCGGAUGUGGGAAGGGAGUCCCAGGAUGCCAGGGGUCUUAGCCAAGACAGGAAGCCCCACACUCGGAGGCCUUAAAGAGAGAGCUGAGGCAGAGGCACGUCAUUCGUGUCCAAAAUUGGGCCUGCUGAGUCCACGGAGAGGCACCUACAGGAUGAAGGCUCUCUCCCUCCUCCUCCUCCCAGUCCUGGGGCUGCUGGUGUGUGGCAAGUUGACGUGUCCCAUGGAUAAAGCCAUCAGUGAGAAGAUCCAGGAACUCACCAGCUCCCUAAAUCCUGCGGCAAUAAGGAACAUUGGCCUGGACUGCCGGAGUGUCACCUCCAGGGGGCACCUGGUCACUUGCCCCGCAGGUUUCGCCGUCACCAGCUGCACCUGUGGCUCUGCCUGUGGCUCGUGGGACGUGCGCGCCGAGACCACGUGCCACUGUCAGUGCGCCGGCAUGGACUGGACCGGAGCUCGCUGCUGUCGCCUGCGGGCCGAAUAG